GGGGCGUUUCGUGCACGUGUGGUCACCAAACUUAUCAUAUGGUGAACGUUAUUGUUGUAUAAGUUCAAGUUUAGUGAUAGCUCAUGGUUUUGAAGAGAGAGAAUCUUUCAUAAGUUUUAUGGGCAAGCUCCUCCCUGAUUCCUGCCGAUACCCUUCAUGACAAUAUAUAUUGACGCUCCAAAUAUGGAGAGAUCUUGGGGAACUUUUGUUAAGAGUUAGUAGACGUGAAAUUCGCCUGCCAAAUAUUCGUUUGCCACCCAACCAAGGAGAGCUCGACGAUGGAAAACGUGCAAAAACUCAACAAACAGGAGACCGUGUUCAGUCUGGUGCAGGUGAAAGGGACAUGGAAGCGCAAAGCGGGGAAAAAAGUGAAGCAAGGAUUAAAGGGGCGAGUUUCAGCUGCUAAAAUUUACGAAAGCACCUCCUCUAAUGGCACCACCUGGACAGUGGUCAGCCCCAUCACCUUCACAUAUACUGUUACUCAGACCAAAAGCCUUCUUGACCCCAGCAAUGACAUACUGCUUUUGGGCCACAUCAGAGACACUCAACAGCUUGAGGCCAUACAGUCCAGCAGCAAGCCCCUUAAACGCUUCAUAGUCAUGGAUGAGGUUGUAUACAAUCUUUAUGGUUCCCAGGUCACUGACUACCUUGAGGCCCGAAACGUCCUGUACCGGAUCCUGCCCCUGCCCACUACAGAGGAGAACAAAUGCAUGGAAAUGGCACUGAAGAUUCUGGAAGAAGUCCACAGGUUUGGGAUCGACCGACGCACAGAACCCAUCAUUGCCAUCGGAGGUGGGGUAUGCCUUGACAUUGUAGGUCUUGCAGCCUCCCUCUACAGAAGGCGCACGCCCUACAUCCGUGUUCCCACGACCCUUCUGUCCUACAUCGAUGCCAGCGUCGGGGCAAAGACAGGCGUGAACUUUGCAAACUGCAAGAAUAAGCUCGGCACCUACAUUGCACCUGUUGCUGCCUUCUUAGAUAGGUCCUUUAUACAAACCAAUCCUAGGAGGCACAUAUCUAAUGGUCUUGCAGAAAUGCUUAAGAUGGCUCUCAUGAAGCACAGGGGGCUGUUUGAAAUUCUGGAAACUCAGGGCCAGUUCCUCUUAGACUCCAAGUUCCAGUCAGCUACAGUGCUAGAAGAAGACCUCAUUGACCCAGCUUCUGUAUCUACACGUGUUGCUAUAGAAACCAUGUUGGAAGAAUUAGCCCCAAACCUAUGGGAGGAUGAUCUUGACAGAUUGGUUGACUUUGGACACCUGAUCAGCCCUGAACUGGAGAUGAAAGUUCUACCUGCUCUUCUCCAUGGUGAAGCAGUGAACAUUGAUAUGGCCUACAUGGUCUAUGUGGCCCGUGAAAUAGGGCUACUCACAGAGGAGGAGAAGUUCAGGAUUAUCUGUUGUAUGCUAGGGCUGGAGCUGCCAGUGUGGCACCAAGAUUGCUCCUUCGCUCUGGUGCAGAAAUCUUUAAGUGACCGACUGCAACACUCUGGAGGGCUUGUUCGAAUGCCCUUACCAACAGGCCUGGGAAGAGCAGAAAUCUUCAACGACAUCAAUGACAGCACUCUGUUCAGGGCAUAUGAGAAGUGGUGUGAUGAGCUUAGGACUGGGUCACCUCGAUGAAACCUCACGCCACCAAUGAGCUGUUUAUAUGAUUAACCACUGUUUACAUGGGGUGGGGGGGAGGGGUUCUCUUAGCUUGAUCAAUGUAUGCUAGUGUAUCAUAUCUUUUUCCUUUUGUAUUUGUAUACAUUAUGGGCAUGCAUAAUGUAGGCAUUAUGGACAUGCAUAAAGUGUUAUGCAGUUAAGACAACUGUUUUUCAUAACUGUAAAUGCCAUUUUGUAAAUGGCUGUGAAUAGAAGAAGGUUAACAUGAAAUGUAAAGAUCUUUCUUUAUGUUUUCUUUCCUGCCAUUUCAUAUUCGACAUUAAGGGACAUUUCGGAUAAUCAUAAAUAUUUUUUUUUUUUUUAAGUAUGCCUUGUGUUUUAUGUCAUGCAUGCAGGUUUAUAAUUAACAGUGUGUAUUAUAAAGAGAAAGGUGUAUUAUGUCACAGAGCAACAUUGUUUUAAUAGUUUUUAUAGUGAACACCACAAGUACCACAAAUAUGUGGGUGAAAUAUGACACCAUUGUCUUGGUAUUCAAUCUCUCUGUCUUUAGAAGCCAUAAAAAAAAGAAACGACAGCCAUUGUAAAGCUUUAAAAAAUAUAAUGUACUUCAUGAAGGGUUCUCAGCAAUUCUUGAUCUUAUAUAGUAGUUAGAAAUUAAUUUCAAGUGUCAACACUACAAAACAUCAUCUUUAAGAACACUAUACCUUAUUAGUACUAUAUAAAAUAUCUAAUAUAUAAUUUAUCUAAGCUUGGAUACCUAAUGUAAAAAUUCUAAAUUUAGCUGAUAACAAAAGUUAUUUAAAAAAAUUAAAAAACAAUGAAAACUACAGGGUUUGGGUAAAAUAAAUUGAUAUAAAUAGUAACUUUUUGAGAAACCUUAAUGAAUUGUCACAUAUACACAACUUUACAUUUUUAUUACCUUUUUUCACCUUUGAAAAAUUGCAGAAGACUUCACAAUGAGCUGAUUAGAGGCAUAAUAUAGAUAUAGAAUAAUAAUAUAAAAUAUAGAAUUGUACUUCAAAAAUUGUUUAGACACUCAUUUAUCAGUAAAGAUUUUUUGUAUACUCAUACCGAUCAUUGUGAUAAAAAUGAGUACAUGAUAAUGGGGAAAUGUCCUACACCAUUUAAGAGAUAAGUCGUGGUAGACCACACAAUCAACCAAGAAACAGUGACCUUGAUUAGUGACCUGCCAAUAAAGAAAUGUAAAAAGAUAA